GAGGCUGUCUUGUUUGUGGCUUGUCAGCAAUUGCUUGAGACAAGCUUCCCUUCCAUGUGUGAAAGCUGCUUGGCAUGAAUGCCGGGCCAUACCAAGUAGAGCAGUGCUGGGAGGGGGAAGCGCAAGAAAAACGGAUCAGACCAGACCAGACAAUAGGCCCCUCAAGUGUUCCCCCCAAGUUGCUUUGAUGUUGUCCUAGUGUCUUGAUGCUAAGGGGGCCAGGGAUUGCAGGGAAAAGGGUCUUUGUGUGGAUGUGUGCACUUUUUUUUUAACCCCUCAGAAGAAAAAAAAAAAAAAAAAAAAAAAAAAGAAAGAAAAGAAAAAACACAAAACAAAACAAUAUGAGGCUGUAGAAUUUUUUGGAGCUGCAACAACAGCCACCAAAAAGGUAAGCUCCACCUGUCUCGAUUCCGACUCCACGAGAAAGGCGAAGUGGCUCCUUUUCUGCUGGAUCUGGGAGUACUCAGCCUCAACGUUGCAAGUGAAAGCCCCUCAAAAUAGGAACAUCUCCUCUCAGCAGCUCCCACCGGCAGUAUUCACGGCACCCAGCAGGGCUGCCUGAUGGGACUACACUUCUCAGGUAGCUCUGCAGGUGUGCACAUAGGCGAUCCAGUAAAGCAAAGUGAACGCUUCCUUGACGUCGAUGACACAGUGGGUAAUGAAAUGAAACACGUUGGAAUAUGUUGUUCAAGAGGAGUUCAUGUUCCUGUAACGCCCUUUACAGCUGAUAUUUGAGGGCAGCAGGACCCUGAAAACAGGUUUAAGAAUGGACUAUGCAGUUGGGUUUUGAGUACUUUGGAAUUUGAACAUCUUUGCCCAUCCUGUCCAAGUUUGUUUUGGCUUGGGGAGAGGCUUUUUUUGGACUGUCAGAAUAACCUUACUUGUUUCCUCUAUAUGAUCAAGAGUUACUGUUUUUAAGAUCUGGGGACUGUUCAAGGUUGUUGGUUUUUAUUCUGUUGUAUCGUUGAAGUGCAGCCGCAGACAUGGCUACAGCUAUAUCGUGACACAAAAGAAGAUGUGUGCCCAAGAGAUGUAAGGGCUCCUGGGGAGAGACCAGGCACACAUUCAAAGAAUGCUGGAAGUGCAAGAAGAAAGAUCAGCACACUACAAGAAAGAGAGAACAAAAAAAGACAGAGAAGAAGCAAAAGACGGCCGCGAGAGCCGCAGCGUUUCCCAGAGGAACCUCCGGACUGUACAAAAGUCCCAUAGCAGCCCACACCAGCACUUGAGUCACACCUCCUCUUCCUCGGGAUCUCCGUCAAUGCAUUCCAGUAAUCCCAAAGUAAGGAACUCCCCAUCAGCAAACACUCAAAGCAGUCCAAAAUCAAAGCAGGAGGCCAUGGUGCGGUCACCCCCUGUAAUGUCUCCUUCCAGCGCAGCCCAGAUGGACUCUAAACUGCCCAAUCAGGGAAAACAAGGUGGCACCGGUGGUCAGUCGCAACCGUCUCCUUGUGACCCCAAGUCACUGAGUGGAAGCCAUGCUCCCAAAGGCCCUCAGGGUGCAGCAGGAAGUCUGGGUCUUAAAAAUGGACAAGGUUUAAACACAGGCAAUGGCGCAAAAGGCAAAGUAAAGAGAGAGAGAAGCACUUCAGUGGAUUCAUUUGAGCAGCGGGACACUGGCACACCCAGCAAUGAAUCUGAUCUAAAAGAUGCUGGAAGCCGAAGUAAGCGAAUGUGUGUAGCAGAGAGACGGCAGCCUUACAGUGGUACUGACUGGUGCUCUGGCGGUGAGAGUGACGAAGAUGAGCAAGGCUUCUUCAAUUGCAAUUCUAAUGAUGUGAAACCCCAGGACUCUCAUCCAUCUAAUGCAGGAAUCAGCAGAUCUUCCACUCCUUCUCAUAACUCUGUAGGGGGGCAGAGUGCCGCACCCGAGUCAGCUGGCAGCCAAAAGACACCAUCUAAAGUUGUUUACGUUUUUUCCACAGAGAUGGCCAACAAGGCUGCUGAUGCUGUUGUCAAAGGACAUGCAGAAUCCAUCGUUGCAUACCAUAUGCAGAACAUCUCUAACAGUAAACCUGACAAAAGUCAUGCACCUGUGAACAAUCAAGUAGCACCUGUACGAAAUGAGCCGAAGCCCUUGCAGCAACCACCUCCUCCUCCUCCUCCUCCACCCCCCCAGCAGGCAUCAUCGCAUCCGCCUGAACAGAAUCACCAACAAACAUCCAAAGUGCAACCUAGCCAACAACCUCACCAGCCUCAGCAGCAAUCGGGGUCUAAAUCUGGAAAUCUUCCUCAGGAUAGUGUGGGUGGAAUUGAUAAUAAAAGUCUGCCAAGCAGUAGCCCCAGGGAUUCUACACCCCAUGAUGGGCCUAAUCCUAAUGGCACCACUGGUAGCCAGUCAACUACAGGACCCCAAACUGGCUUUUCAUCAGUGGAGAUAAAAGGUGAUUCAAAAGUAACCCCACAGCAGCACCACCAGCAGCUAGCUAAUGAAAUUAUGUCCAGUAUGGAAGAUAACCCAGAGGGACUUUCUCAAGAGCAACUUGAACACCGGGAACGAUCAUUGCAGACUUUGAGAGAUAUUCAGCGCAUGCUUUUUCCAGAUGAGAAAGAUUUUGCUUUGAAGGAUCUUUCAGCUAUGAGUCAAGGUGCUGCUGGAGCAGGACCUCAGAAUGCAAGCAUGAUGGAAGGUCUACCUAAAAAGCCCGAUCAGGGACCACUUCAGGCUAUGAUAGCACAGUCCCAAAACCUUGGCAAGCCACCUGGUCCAAGGCCUGAAGGGCCUCCAUUUGUGCAGCCUAGCCAUCGAGAUAUGCCUUUCUCACCUGAUGAACUUGGACCUCCACCUGGACCACCAAUGAACUCCCAACAAGGCCCUGAUCACUCUGACCAUAUGACACCAGAGCAGAUGGCUUGGUUGAAGUUACAGCAGGAAUUCUAUGAAGAAAAGAAGAGGAAGCAGGAACAAGUUCAGCAUAGGCCGAUGCCUGACAUGAUGCUUCAUCAACAUGGCCCAAGGGGUAUGAUAAGGGGGCCACCACCCCCUUACCAGAUGAAUCCUGGUGAAGUCUGGGGACCAGGAGGUCCUGAACCCUUUGGUGAUCAGAUGAAUUUGCCCCCAAGAGGCAUGCCACCCCACUCAAUGCAGAGAAUGCCAAGUUUUCCUGGUAUGUUAAAUCCAGACAUUGAUGGUGGACCUAAUCCCAUGCCAAGGCCAGGAAUGAACUGGACAGAAGACAUGCCAAAGAUGGGAGAAGGUCGAGGAUUCCCUCCAGGUCAGGCAGUUAUAGGUGGUCCUGGAGGCCGUGUUGAGCGAUUUCCUAACCCACAAGCAACGCAAGAAGGCCUUUUCCAGCAACAAAUGGCAGAAAAACAGCAACUUGGCAUUCCUCCAGGAAUGGGCAUGGACAAUGUGCGUGGGCCACCCAUGGAUAUUAAUCGCAUUAUAACCAACCAAAGGCCAUUGGACCCUGGUAGUAACAAUGGUGGUGGCAUCAUGUUCCCAAGAAUGACUGGGGAUGGUCCUAUGAGUCCUUCCAGGAUGGAGUAUGUCAAGGGCCCUGGUAGGGAUGUGGAAUUUGCAAUAGGUCCUGGAGGUAUGAACAUGAAGGUAGAGAUGAAUCUUAAUGUUAAUAUGAGCUCAAACCAACAGAUGGUAGGUCCUAAGAUGCGAGAACCACCCAUGAACAUGAGCCCGGAGGAUGUCAUGAAAAUGCGCUCAAGUGCAGGUCCACCUGAAAGUAUGGGACCCCAACAAAAAAUGCUUCAAACCCAUCAGUUCCCUGACCAGUCCCAACCACAGGAAUUCCUCAUGGGACCUAACCGCCAGUUUCCUGGAAUGCCCCAAGGCCCAAACAGUUCAAGAGGCCCCCGUGGUGAACAAUCAUUUGUGCCUGAGCACAGGACUAACAUGAGUAAUAAUUCUCGACUUGGUCACAUGCCAUCACAGCCUCUAAAUCAGCCCCCUAACUCUGGAAAUCUGAAUGCAGGCCCCCCGCCCAACCAGAGAAAUUUGGGGCGCAAGCCUUCAGACCUUAGUGUUUCUGCUGGACAAGUCAAUUCUCCCAGUGUUAAUCCUUUGAAAUCUCCGACAUUAAGGCAAGUUCAGUCCCCAAUGUUGGGAUCUCCUUCUACAAACCUUAAGUCGCCCCAGACACCUUCCCAGCUGGCCGGGAUGCUGUCUGGUCCAGCGGCAGCUGCUGCAGCUGCUGCAGCAGCGGCUUCCAUCAAGUCCCCACCUGUUAUGGGCUCGGCUGCAGCUUCUCCUGUCCACCUUAAGUCGCCCUCGCUCUCUGCACCUUCACCCAGCUGGACUUCUUCUCCCAAACCGCCAAUGCAGAGUCCUGGGAUUCCCCAGAAUAGUAAACCUUCACUUAGCAUGACUUCACCAAACGUAAUGGGAAAUGUGGAGCAAGGUAGCAGUGGUGGUGCUACAGCCCCUCCUUCCAGCAGCUCCUCUGGUGGACCACCUUCCAUGAACCUCCCAGGAAGUCUUCCGUCCAGCAGUCCAUAUGCCAUACCCUCAGAGCCGACUCUUUCCCAAAAUCCUCUCUCCAUUAUGAUGUCCCGUAUGUCCAAGUUCGCCAUGCCCAGCUCCACGCCGCUUUACCAUGAUGCAAUCAAGACGGUCGCAAGCUCAGAUGAUGAUUCACCGCCUGCCCGCUCACCCAACCUCCCACCUUUGAACAGCAUGCCUGGCAUGGGAGGCAACCACCACCCAAACCACCCACGUAUGAUGGCUCCAAAUUCAUCAGGACAUAUGCCUUCACUGAGCCCGAUGGGAAUGAACGCUAUUGGAUCACAGCCCCUUUCUCAUGGUAUUCCUAACCAGAUGCCGUCUCCAAACCCAAUGGGGCCAAAUAUUCCGCCUCAUGGUGGUCCAAUGGGGCCAGGUAUGAUUCCUCAUAAUAUGAUGAUGCCUCCUGGUCCUCAAGAUCCUGGAAUGAAUAAUCCUCAUAUGUUACCACAAGGUAGAAUGGGUUUCCCUCAUGGGCAGCAGGGUUUUCCACCUGUGCAAUCACCCCCUCAACAGGUCCCCUUUCCUCACAAUGGUCCAGGUCCUGGUGGAGUUCAAGGUGUUUUUCCCCAUGGAAUGGGGUUCCCAGGUGAAGCGGGACCCCUUGGACGCCUAAGUAACAUGCCCCAAGGCCCUGGUGGGGACCCAGUGCUCUGUAAGCCAAAUGCCCCAGGAGGCCCCGAUUCUUUUAACUCCAUGGGUAAUAACAUGCCCUCAGUCUUCACGGACCCUGAUCUUCAAGAGGUCAUCCGUCCUGGUGCUUCAGGGAUUCCAGAAUUUGACUUGUCUCGGAUCAUCCCUUCAGAUAAACCCAGCCAAACCCUACAGUACUUCCCACGUGGUGAGGCACCAGGCCGUAAACCCCCACAUCCUUCUGGCCCCGUUCCCGGAUUUCCUCAGAUACAAGGAAUGAUGGGAGAGCAAAAUCCAAGAAUGGGACUUCCCAUGCCAGGAAUGGGUGGACCCGGUCCAGGUCAUAUGGGCCCUCAGGACAUGCCGCUGGGUAGCCCAGCUCACAAUCCAAUGAGACCUCCGGGAUUUAUGCCACAGGGUAUGAUGGGACCUCAACACCGUAUAUUGUCACCUGCACAAACUGGAAUGCCUGGGCAACAUGGUAUGAUGGCAAACCCGGCUAUGAUGCAGGGAAAGGAACGGGGACCAGGCGUUCUUUAUAACCACCCAGGACCAGUGGGUUCUCCUAACAUGAUGAUGUCACUACAUGGGAUGGGUGGCCCACAGCAAACUAUGAUGAUGCCUCCACAAAUGAGGCCAAGAGGCAUGGCAGCAGAUGUGGGAAUGGGAUUCAACCAGGGUCCUGGAAACCCAGGGAAUAUAAUGUUCUAAGCUGCUAUAGAAAGACUUGUAAUCACAAGCACAUGUAUUGUAGAUUUGGACCUCCAGGUUUUGGGCAACACUUACUCGACCCCCAGUGAGUACAGAGUGGGAAACUGUCGUUUUAAAAAUGAGUAAUUAACUAAAUACUUGCAUGUGUAACAGUCUUACUGUGACAUGGAGUACAAUGCCAAGGGGGUGUACAAAAACAAAGCAUUAGGGUGUUAUUUUUUUUAAGGGGGUGGGUUGUUUGUUUUUUUUUUUUUUUUGUUCCCCCCAAAAACUACAGAAUGUAUGAGAUUAACCUAUGGUGAAGUUUUACAUCAAUAACUCCGCUGUUCCUAGGAUUUUGUUUUCUCUUUUCUUUAAUCCAUUUUCAUGGACUUGGGUUGCAAAUAAAAUCUCUCCAGUUGCUGUUUUUUUAUUUAAAAGAAAAAAAAAAUUAAAAAUUUGCCAUUUUGUCACAAGUUGCACCGUUAUUGCUGUAUGUAUGUCAUGAAAUCUGUUUCCUCCGGAAAUAAUACUCUUUGUAUUUGUGUACUGUACUUGUAUUGUAAAAGGGAACUUUGCAGCAAUUUUUAUUUUUAUUUUUUUUUGGGGGGGUGGGGGUGGGAUUACCAAGGUGAAUAACAUUUGCACCAGUCACUAGAAACAUGUCAGUACUGUUUACCCUCGGGGUUGGGGUCUUUGCUCUCAAUUUUUUUCCCCCCACCAGUGUAUAACAAUCCAAACCUUUGACCUCAUGCAUAUAGUAUUAUAAAAAAAAAAAAAAAGCACAAAAAUGGAAUAACUGUUAAGUGUUCUUUUUAAUUCAUUAUUGCUGUCAGCACUAAAGGCAAAGCUGUAGAACCAGUGAAAUAUUGUAAGAUGCUCACUUGUUGGCUUUAUUUUUGGAGGGAGGGGGCGCGGGUUAGGGGGUCUGACAUUCGGGCCUGCAUCGAACACAACAAUUAGGUGAUUGCGGUUAUUUUGUAUCACUGCUCCGUCAGUUAAUCCGAGAAAAUCCCGGGUAGACGCGUGCUGAGGGGAGGGGGGGUGAAUCUGAAUAUGAGAAAUAAUGCAGGUUUGUUAGUUUUUUAUUAUUAUUAUUAUUAUUAUUUUGAUUGUUUUCAUAUUUUUUUCUUAACUCCCUCCCCCCCAGUGUAAAACUGUCAUGUGUAACUCCAUUAAAUUUGGUACAGAACCACUUGCCAGGGCUGUGGUGUUGGAAGAAAAAUAAAAUAUAUUGUUUCGUAUAAA